AUGUAUUCAAAAUUCGCAAUCGCUUUCGACGACACAGUAAAGAUUAGCGGCGAAAGGAAUGAUUCAUUGAUCCCUAUAAUAUGGAAAAUCAAGAAGUUUUUCGGUAUCGGAUCGGAGAAGCGGCUAGCGACUGCCAUUUCAGAAGUGCGCGACUUCGCCAUCCCUGUAAUUAGAGAAAAAAAGAUGGAACUCAGUGAGAAGAGCUCGUUAGAGUCAGCGGAUUUGCUGUCUAUGUUCUUGAGCUUGGAUCAUUCCGACGAGAACUUCAUAACCGACAUUGUCAUAAGCUUCAUACUGGCGGGGAGGGACACGACGAUAGGUACAACAGGAUGGGUCACUUAUCUAACCAGAUUACACGUGAGUUACCCUUUGGUAUUAUCUAGUGACACAUCAGCUGGGAUACUUGUUUAUCUAUCAGACGAGGUGAAGGACAUGGUAUAUACGCAUGCCGCAAUAUGCGAGAGCAUGCGACUAUAUCCACCGGUACAGGCUGAUAAUAAGGAAGCAGCAAAGGACGACACACUGCCAGAUGGAACAGUGGUGAAGGAGGGGGAGAAGGUGACGUACCAUCCGUCCGCCAUGGGGAGGAUGGAGAGCGUGUGGGGGAAAGACUGGGCGGAGUACAGGCCUGAACGGUGGCUGGAACCGGAACGGGUCGACGAAGACACUAAGAAGUACUGGAGGUUUGUGGUUAGAGAUCCGUACAGUUACCCAGUGUUCCAGGCGGGACCACGAACGUGUCUGGGGAAGGAAAUGGCAUUCUUGCAGAUGAAGAGAGUGAUAGCUGAGGUUCUGCGUCUGUUCCGGGUGGCGCCGGCAAUGGCUGAAGGCGUUGAGCCUGUGUAUGUUUCCUACGUGACUUCCAAAAUGCAUACUGGGUUUCCGGUGAGGAUUCAAGAAAGGUCUCAGACUUUUAGUGACUCAUGUUUUAAACUGUAAUUAUUACUGCUUGUCUGCUACAUUAAUAAUGGUUUGAAGGGUUCGGUUUGGCCGUUCAAUAUUUGCUAUAUAGAUUGCAUGGUUGCCACAUGCAUUCAUUUAAUUUUAUUUCCUUUAUUCAUUAUUUUGCCAUAUUUUUAGCGGUUUAAACGUUUAUUUUUAUUUAUCUGUGCAUGCUUGCAUUGCAUUUAAUUGGCUGAAAGAUGUUUCAAUAUUAAAUAUUGAUUGUAAGUAUGUUAACUUAUUCACAGUAAAAGUAUUAUGU